UGGCGUCACUGGGCUUCGAGAGGCGUACCAUUCCGAUCGGUUUAGCUGGAGUGGCGUCGCUCUCCUUUCCCUCUUCUUCGUCUCUCGAGAGACCAAAGAAAGAGCGGGAGCGGGCGGCGACGGGCGCGUUUCUGUCGCCACUAUGAUGAGGCGCAACAAAGCGGAAGUCGACCGCUACGUCUCCUCGCUGCAGGCCUCGGCCCCGUCGCCUAGAGAGAAAUCUAUGAAAGGAUUCUUUUUUGCUAAGCUGUAUUAUGAAGCAAAGGAGUAUGAACUUGCUAAAAGGUACAUAUCCACAUAUCUUGGUGUCCAAGAAAGAGAUCCCAAGGCACACAAAUUCUUGGGUCAGCUCUAUGAAGCAGAAGAUAAUAUAGAGAAGGCUGUAGGUUGUUACAAGCGUUCAGUGGAGUUGAACCCAACACAGAAAGACCUUGUAUUGAAGAUUGCAGAACUACUAUGCAAUAAUGAUGUUGCUGAUGGAAGAGCAAAAUACUGGGUUGAUAGAGCAGCUAAGCUCUUUCCUGGGAGCCCUUCAGUUUUCCGUCUGAAGGAAUGUCUGUUGGAUUGCAAAAGUGAAGAUGGGUGGAAUCAGCUAUUUGACUUGAUCCAGUCAGAAUUAUAUGCCAGGCCAGAUGAUGUAUAUGUUAACAUCAGAUUAGUAAAACUAUACAUCUCAAACAAAAGACUUGGAGAUGCUGUGAAGCAUUGUCAGGAAGCAGAGAAGAAAAUUUCCCUGCAGUCAAGCUUGGAGUGGUGCUCAUGUGUUGUGCAGACACUUAAGGAAUAUCUGGAAUCUGCACAGGACUCUGAAUCUGAUAAAAUUAGCUGGAGAAAGACCCAUCGGGAUCUCUUGUUGGCCUACUGCAAUCUAGUUGUAAUGACACUUUCAAACGAAGGUGUAGAAGAAAGCAGAAAAACCCUUGAAAGCUUUGAUCAUGCACUUCAUUCAGUGAAACCAUAUGCAGCUGGAGGUGAUGAACUUUCUGUAACUUUCCUGGAAAUGAGAGGCCACUUCUAUAUGCAUGCUGGAACUCUGCUGUUGAAAAUGGCUCAGCAGAGUGAGAUGCAGUGGAGAGCUGUUUCUGAAUUGGCUGCUUUGUGCUACCUUCUAGCUUUUCAGGUCCCUAGACCAAAGUCAAAACUAAUAAAAGGAGAUCAAGCUGAACAAGAGAAGUUGGAAAUGUUAGCCUGCGACCGACAGAGCCAAUCUGGGCAUAUGCUGCUAAACCUAAGCUACAACAAACAGGACUUUUUCAAGGAGAUUGUUGAAUCCUUUGCAAACAAGAGUGGGCAGUCUGCCUUAUUUGAUGCACUAUUUGGGAGUAGUUCUAAAGAAAGUUCAUUCCUUGGCACUGAUGAUAUCAGAAAUGUUAGUGUACAGGCACCAGAAUGCAUUGAAUUAACUAGAUAUGAUAUCGGUGCCAUUAGAGCACACAGGGGUAGUCUCCAGCACCUCACAUGGCUUGGUUUGCAGUGGAGCUCCAUACCAACUUUCCAAGCAAUUCGCAAAUGGUUAAAACAGCUUUUUCAUCUGCCUCAGGAAACAUCAAGACUUGAAACCAAUGCCCCUGAAUCAAUUUGCAUGUUGGACCUUGAAGUAUUCCUGCUUGGGGUGAUAUUUUCCAGUCGUUUACAAUUACAAGAAAAGUUUAAUACUCAGUACACUGCACAUCAACCUCGAUUCUUGCCACUGCCAAUAUACAAGCAACUUUGUACUGAAAGGCAAAGGGCCUGGUGGGAUGCCGUUUAUGCUCUGAUUCACAAACGAGCUGUAUCUGGGACAGCUGCAAAAAUGAGACUUCUUAUUCAACAUGAAAUCAGCAUCCUUAGGGCUUUAGGAAAACAUGGUCUUCAACCAGGUCUGAUUGUGCACUGGGCAAAAAGUCUCCUUAAAACAGGUUGUGGUCUUAAUUCUUUCUACGACCAAAGGGAGUACAUUGGACGAAGUGUGUAUUAUUGGAAGAAAGUUUUGCCAAUGCUGGAAACAAUCAAGAAGAAGAAAAGCAUUCCUGAACCAAUUGACCCUUUGUUCAAGCAUUUUCAUAGUGAAGAUAUUCAGGCUUCCCAGGUUGAUGAAUAUCGAGAAGAAGCACAUAUAGCAUUUGCCAUUUUAGAUGCAGUUGAUGGGAAAACAGAAGAUGCCAUGCAAGCAUUUGAAGUUAUUAAAAAUGUUGUAGCAUACUGGAAUCUUGCUCUGAUUUUCCAGAGGAAAGCUGAAGAGAUGGAGAAUGAUGGUCUCUCACUAGAAGAACAAGAAGAAUGCAGGAACUACCUAAAAAAGAGCAGAGACUAUCUCAUAAAGAUAAUUGAUGAAAGCUGCACAGAUGCUGCUGUAAUUGAAAAGUUACCUGUAUCCAUAGAGACUGUUAAGGAGAUGCUGGAAUGCGUAAUGCAGGAACUUGGGGACAAUGGUGAAGAAAGGAAUCUUGCCUUAAACAAUGAUUUGAGCCAAUCAGCAGAAACCGAAAUUAAACAUUCUACUCCAUCUCCCACAAAAUUUUCACUCUCUCCAAGUAAAAGCUACAAGUUCUCUCCCAAAACUCCCCCUCGCUGGGCAGAAGAUCAAAAAUCACUACUUCAGAUGCUAUGUCAGCAGGUGGAAUCUAUUAAGAAUGAGAUGCAAGAAAUGAAACUUAACAAUUCUAAUGCAAACACACCACACCGAUGGCCUGCUGAUAGCUAUGCGACAGAGACUAUGCCAGAUGGCUAUCAAGGGGCACAGAAUUUCCAUGGAGCACCCUUGACUGUUGCUACCACAGGUCCCUCAGUAUACUACAAUCAAUCACCAACCUAUAAUUCCCAGUAUCUUCUAAGGACUGCAGCCACCAAUGUGACCCCUACAAAGGCUCCUGUCUAUGCCAUGAAUAGGCUUACACCGCAGCAGCAUAUAUAUACAUACCAACAGCCAAUGCAUACUCCUCCACUACAGAACACCUCUGCUUGUAUGUUUUCACAAGAAAUGUAUGGUGCUCCACUGCGGUUUGAUUCUCCUGCAACUGGAAUUCUGUCUCCUCGUGGCAAUGAGGACUACUACACUUAUAAUGUGCCACCAACAAGUGCAAAUCCACCACUUCCUGAGCCAGGCUAUUUUACAAAACCUUCAGCUGCACCCCCAGUUUCCAGACCUGCAGAACCAAAAGUGAUUGAAUUUGGAAAGCCUAACUUUGGGCAGCCUAUACCUACCGAGGGAGCAAAAUCUUCACUGAUAACCUCUGUUCAGUCAACUCAGCCAACCACUUUCAAAUUUAAUUCCAAUUUCAAGUCUAAUGAUGGUGAUUUUACUUUUUCAUCACCUCAGGUUGUUGCACAACCACAUAGUACGCCAUAUAGCAAUAAUGACAGUCUGUUGGGCCUCCUGACAUCAGAUAAACCUGUCAAAGAGGAUCAAUACACGGGACAGAAACCCCUUGCUGAAUAUGCCACUGGACAACGCAGCAUCUUCAGUUUUGGUGCCAAGAAUCCACCGAACAUCUCAUUUACAGAUAAAAUGGGACAGAAUCAACCCAAGUCUUCUGGGUUUGGUAAGGGUGAAGCGUUCACUUUCCAGGAACCUGUCAAACCCAUAUUUGGUACACCACAUUCAGAUGUGGCAAACAGAAGUCAUGAAACAGAUGGAGGAAGUGUCCAUGGUGGUGAGGAGGAUGAUGAUGGUCCUCAUUUUGAACCUGUUGUACCAUUACCUGACAAGAUUGAAGUAAAAACAGGAGAGGAAGAUGAAGAAGAAAUCUUCUGCAACCGAGCAAAACUCUUUCGUUUUGAUGGUGAAUGCAGAGAGUGGAAAGAGAGAGGUGUUGGUAAUGUAAAAAUUCUGAGGCACAAAAUAACUGGCAAAAUCCGGCUACUUAUGAGACGAGAACAAGUGCUGAAAAUAUGUGCAAAUCACUACAUAAAUCCUGAGAUGACUUUGAAACCAAAUGCUGGGUCAGACAAGUCGUUUGUGUGGCAUGCCUUUGACUAUGCAGAUGAAUCGCCAAAACCUGAGCAGCUUGCCAUCAGAUUUAAAACACCAGAGGAAGCUACUCUUUUUAAGCAAAAAUUCCAAGAGGCACAAAGCAGCUUGAAAUGCUCUGUAUCAGAUGUUAGCCAGCCAACUGCUCAGAAAACUGGACCGUCAAGAGAAACUGCUGCUCAGGAUGCAAAGGAUUCUAGUAAAUCUGAGCCUGCACUCCUGAACUCUGGAUUCCAUUUCAAGAGUAGGUCACCCCCAGUCAGUGGUGGUUGUCAGGUACCUGGUCCUGAUCCAAGCAAUGCUAUAAAAACCACUACUUCCAAAAGCAGUUUUACAAUCACAUCCAGUGGCACUACACCUUCAUCCUUUUCUUUCGGUAAGGAAGUCUCAGGAACGCAGACUACACAUGGAUUUGGUGAGCAGUUCAUGUUAAAGAAAGAUCAGUGGGAGUGUAGCACGUGCCUUGUUAGAAAUAAAAUUACUGCACAGAAUUGUGUAGCAUGCCAGACUCCAAACCCAUCUAAUAAAGAGGCACAGGAUGUACUUCCAAUGCAGUCCACUGUACCUUUCAUAUCCCACAUUGUAAGCCCACCAAGUACAUUUGGACUCCCCUCUGCUAAAAAGGAGAACCAAUGGGAAUGCAGGGUCUGUUCUGUGAGAAAUGAAGCCAAUUUAUCUCACUGUGUAAGCUGCAAGAACCCCAGUGGAAUUAAUCCACCAGUGCUUGGUCCACAAACUACAUUCAAAUUUGGCCAGAUGGAUACUUCAAAGGUCCCUCCAAGUGGUUCUGGAUCUGCUUUUAUGAAAAAUGAAGGUCAGUGGGCUUGCAGUUUGUGUUCAACACGAAAUGAAGGUUCUUCACCAACUAGUCAAACUCCAAAUCCUUCUGGUGGAAUUUCAACUCUGCUUUUUAAUUCUACACUGCCUCAGAUCUGCUUCAAAUGUAAGCUAUCGGAACCUAGUGGAGGACCACAGGGGACAGGUUUUAAAUGUGGCAUUUCAGAGAAAGCUUUUAAAUUUGGCAGCUCUACAGAGCCAGGAAAGUCUCCCUUCACAUUUCAGAUUCCUGUUAGUACUGAAACGAAGCCUGUGCAAGGAGGGUUUAAUUUUUCAAUGCCUGUGCCACCAGGUGAAUUUAAAUUUGGUAUACAAGAGCCCAGUAAAAAUACUGUAAGUAAUAAACAGAAUAAAGGCAGUAGUCUCUUAAAAAGUCUUGAAGAGAAAAAGACACUUGAGGAAGACUCUUUGGCCAAAUCUAAUGAUGCAUCAACCAAACAGAGCACUGAUUUGGUUUUUGGCCAACAUGGUAGCACUUUCACUUUUGCUGAUCUUGCAAAAACAUCUGCUGGUGAAGGGUUUCAGUUUGGUAAGAAAGAUCCAAAUUUCAAAGGCUUUACAGGUGCAGGGGAAAAGCUCUUUUCUUCUCAGGCUGCCAAAACUUCUAAAGCAAACACUUCGACUGAUUUUGAGAAGGAUGAUGAUGCAUAUAAAACAGAAGACACUGAUGACAUUCAUUUUGAGCCUGUUGUCCAAAUGCCAGAAAAAGUGGAACUUGUGACUGGUGAAGAGGAUGAGACAGUAUUGUAUUCCCAAAGAGUAAAACUGUUUCGGUUUGAUGCAGAAACUAGCCAGUGGAAAGAACGUGGUGUGGGCAACUUGAAAAUUCUUAAGAAUGAAGUUAAUGGAAAACUGCGAAUGCUCAUGCGGCGUGAGCAGGUACUGAAGGUUUGUGCAAACCACUGGAUCACAACUACCAUGAACUUGAAGCCACUGUCUGGCUCAGACAAAGCAUGGAUGUGGUUAGCCAGUGAUUUUUCUGAUGGGGAUGCAAAGCUGGAACAGUUGGCUGCUAAAUUCAAAACACCAGAGCAGGCUGAGGAAUUCAAGCUGAAAUUUGAAGAAUGCCAAAGGCUACUGUUGGAUAUACCACUCCAAACCCCUCACAAACUUGUAGAUACUGGAAAAACAGCCGAGCUCAUACAAAAAGCAGAGGAAAUGAAAACUGGGUUGAAAGAUCUUAAAACUUUCCUGACAGAUGAUAAAACUAAACUCUCAGAUGAAGAGAGUAAAAACUUCAUACCUGCUCCAAGCACUUCUGAUUUGGUUAUAAAGCCACAUGCUGAAAGCACUGGUCCCACAUUAGAAUGGGACAACUAUGACUUACGUGGGGAAGCACUGGAUGAUAGCACAGAUAGUUCUACAUACGCAUUGCCUCGAGCCAGUAGCCCCGUGAGAAAAAACCUAUUUAGGUUUGGGGAAUCUACCACAGGGUUUAACUUUAGUUUCAAAUCUGCACUAAGUCCCUCAAAAUCUCCUUCCAAACAGAACCAGAGCAGAUCUUCUGUAGGCACAGAUGAGGAGUCUGAUGUUACCCAAGAAGAUGAAAGAGAUGGCCAGUACUUUGAACCAGUAGUGCCUUUACCUGACCUCAUAGAAGUAACAAGUGGUGAAGAGAAUGAGCAAGUUGUGUUCAGUCACCGAGCUAAACUAUAUAGAUAUGAUAAAGAUUCUAACCAGUGGAAAGAGAGGGGCAUUGGGGAUAUAAAGAUCUUGCAGAACUAUGACACUGAACAAGUCCGUAUAGUUAUGAGAAGGGACCAGGUAUUAAAGCUUUGUGCCAAUCAUAGAAUAACCCCAGAUAUGACCAUCCAGCCGAUGAAAGGCACAGAGCGAGCUUGGGCAUGGACUGCAUGUGACUUUGCCGAAGGGGAAAAAAAAAUGGAGCUCUUGGCUGUGCGAUUUAAGUUGCAAGAUGUUGCUGACUCUUUUAAGCAAAUUUUUGAAGAAGCAAAGUAUGCACAAGAAAAGGAUGCAUUAAUCACUCCACUCUCUUCACGAGCAAAUACACCAAAGGAAUCCCCAUGUGGAAAGGUUGCUGUUGCAGUACUGGAAGAAACCACCAGGGAGAGAACCGACUUAAAGCAGGAUGAAGAAACUGUUGAACAGACCACAGAGGCUUCAGCAGUGGUGGGAACUUCUGAGACACCAACAAAAGCAGUAGUUUCACCACCCAAAUUUGUGUUUGGCUCAGAAUCUGUCAAAAGUAUUUUUAACAAUGAGAAAUCAAAGCCUUUCACAUUUGGAAACACAUCAGCCGCUGGAUCUCUUUUUGGCUUCAGUUUUAAUGCUACUUCCAAAAGCAAAAGUGAUAGCUCAGUGUGUCAAACCGUGAAACAAACAGAAGCAGAGAAUGCACAUGACACUGUGACUUCCAAAGCCGCUGAAUAUCAAGAAGGUGGUACUGCUGGUGGCAAAGGAGAAAUUCAAGUAGCUACAUCAAAAGCAGAAGGAUUUUCUAAUUUUUCUUUUAAAACGCUAGAAAAAGGAUUUAAUUUUAACCUUUUUAAAUCUAACCCAAUGGCCUUUUGGACCAGUGCAUCUCCCUCUCAACCCAGUAGUAAAGGUAUUUGCACUGAAUGUGGUAUAUCACUUCUUGGAAAGCACUGACAGCUCCCCAACUUUAGCAAAAUAACUGGCUGUUUUAAAAGUGUACAGAAAUAACAUGCAUGUUUAAAAUAUAAUGCCUAUACAGCUUUUAUGGUUACAAGGCUGGUUCUUACAGAAAUUAACAGAUUAAUGAAUUUAUCUUCCAAGAGCUCAACUAUUGACUUGUAAACUUGUUUUAGGAUGGUGACUCAAACAAUUACUAGAACUUGCUUACUGGAUUCAUGAUACAUAGGAAAAAAUUCAGAGGCUUGUUGCAAAUAAUGUUUCAAAAGUCUUUAUAGAACACUCCUUGAUGCUGAGUUUCCUUAUAUUAGCUAUAAGAUUUUUUUUUUCAUAGAAUUGACUUUAUUUGGUGAUACUAACUUGUGAAAACUGUCUGAAUUAGUCAUAUGUGUGGUUUUUUAAAUUUUGAAUCCCUUCAUAUAAUUAUCAUCCCUGCAUCUAAUAAAUGAAUCUAUAAAUAUUUUUUGCAGUCUCCCCCCCCCCCCAAAAAAAAAGAAAGACGGGGAAACUACUGCAAACAAGAAAAGCACUCACUAAUGUGGUAGUGGAGGAGUUCCCUGGUAUACUCAUACGAGCACAUGGUGAACGUAACCAUCUUUUGGACAUACCAUGGGUUGUUUAGGCAACAACCAGCUCCUCAUGGCUUAUUACCAGAGUGGGUUAGUGUGACCCAACCUGCCCUAGAAGAGGCAGGCGAGUAGUAUUUUAUUUGGAAAAUAAUGCAGAUUAUAUCAGUUGGCCUGGUGCAUGUUUAGCUUCAUGAAUUGUGCCUUAGACCCAAUUCAAAAUAAUCCACCUCCUUUUUAUAGGCUGGAUUUUAAUAUUUGGCUAUAAAGCAUAUCCUCUGUCACUGGCUUCCAUUUUACUAAAAUUUACCCUAAUCUGACUUUUUUGUUUUUCUAAUGCAUGCAUUUUGUAAAAGAGAUACUGCAAAUUUGGAACAUUUAAUUCUUAUGCCUGUUUAGGAUUUUGCUUGCAUUCUGUGACGAUGUGCACAAUGAUAGUGUAAGAAUGCAUGAAAUGUUCUAAGGUGUGUGGCAUGUUCUCAUUAGGACUGUUUGCGGUGCUAAAAUGCAGUUGGAGAUUAGUCUUUUUACCAAUUGACACACCUUGUGUAGCCUGGAAAGAUGGUCCUUGGCACUUGAAUCAAGAUAAAUAGCUUGCCUUUUCUCUUGUUGUUAGUGGAGCUCUGUAAUUGAGUCAAAAGUUGCAGGUGUUUCAUGCUGAAUCUUUUGGUGAAGCACUUUGAGCAGCUCAUAAUACAGUUUUAUCAUGAAGAUAUUUGUGCUUAAAGGAAACUAUUAGUAUUCUUGUGGAAAGGGUCACAUGCUAUUUGAUUUUGUUGCACUAAUGCUUGGUUUGUUUAUGCUCAAAGUUACCUACUCAUCACUUUAGUAAUCUCUGCUUCUGGUAGAUAUUACUAUUUGUCUUUUCACAUUUGGUGGAGAUUAUUCCUGAUAAAGCAAAACAAAACUAAUAAAUAGAAUAACUGAAGUCAUUAUUUCAAAUUGAUUAAGAUAGAUGGCAAUGGUGUGUGAUAUAUUUUGAAUUCAAAUAUGGAGACAUUGGGCAGCUGGAGCAUAAAUUAAGUACUAUUUAUCUAGCCCAGACGUGGGCAGUAUGUAGAACUAACAUCUGGACGUUAGCUCCCUGCAUUUCUGAUGAUUGGCCAUACUGGCAUGGGCUUCUCACAGUUGAAGUCUGAAACUUCUGGAGAACUACUUUUUGCCCACCUCAAAGUAGUCUACCAUUUGAUAGAUGGUGCUAUAUAAAUACGUUUUAUCUCAUUCAUUGUGAAGCAGUUACACUGAAAUCAAUGGAACUUUUUAACUUUGGCAUUCAACCAUCAACAUGUAAACUUGUCAAACUACUGCAUGAUAUCUCAUUUUUAAUUUGAAAAAUUGAAAUUCAAUAUUUCCAAGAAAGUUUUUAUUGUAAUUUGGGUAUUUUACAUGCACAUCUUAUUAAAGUAAUUUAGAUUGCCCCUCCCAAAUCGAAUAUAGUUCAUCAAUUUCAAAUUACAUUAAUUUACUCAAUCAUUAAGGGCUCAGUCCUUGGUCUGGUGCGAGCAUCUACCAGGAAUCAUGGAAUUGUAUGGACCUUCCUGUGGGUGAAGAAGGUCUGCACUCAGAGGUCCAAAUGUGUUGCUAGAAGCAUCAUGAUGACAGCAACCACUGUCACCAUCACUUCUCUACCACCCACUGUCUGACAUUCAGGAAAAAAAAGAGGGUGUGUAGGGGAACAAUCUGGGCAGGCUUUGGCUAUGUUCCUCUGGCAGGCAUCCCAGGUCAGGAAAAAACCUGCACCACUUAGGAGACCCUUCCCCCCGACACACAUAUAUUCCCCCUUUUGUUGCCAUGAGCCUGGGUAGUCAUAGAUGUGGUUAUUCUUGUACCACAAACUCACUUAAUUUAAAAGUCCAUAGAAUUGUUCUGUUUGUCACUUUUUCAAUAAACUUGUCCAGAGAUUCAUGCACACUUUUAAAAAUAAUAAAACCAUUAAAAUCAAAAACUAAAAUCAAUGCAAGCACUAAAUGACUUCAAGAGUUACUGGACUAGUUUGCACAAUCAAAAUAAGUCGUAGUUGUUCUUUUGAAUUCCUUUGUGUACAGAGCCUAAAUGGAAUAAUUGCUGCAUAGGUGCAGCUUGUUCGUACUGUCAGAACUCCGCUGACAUGACUUGAUGGAAGGGGAAAACUACUCUCCAGUUACCCUCCAACAUCCAUUGCAUUAUUGGAGGAUUGCUUCUUUCUCCAACAAGUCGUGCUGCCUGGGUUCAGACAACACAACAGACCACAACUGGGGUAGUGUUUCAGAUUAUGCCCCACAAUUUACAUAAACCAUAAGCCACAGUGGUUAAUUUGAACCUGUGAGCCAGGUCACAGUUUCUUCCGCUUGACAAGUUUAGACUUUGAAGUAGUUCUGUAAAAUUUCAAUGAAUUUUCCAGGUCUGUCUUUUUAAACAAAACACAUACUUAAUGUCAAGUGGAGCCUAGCCCUUGAAUUCUAUUUUAAGGACAAUGGAUGGAAGAUGUGCUGUGUCUGAAUGUAGUUGUCAAAUGAGAAGCAUGGCAUGAAUUUGGCUGGUGUUCCUCAUUGUUCACAGGAAAUUAAUUCUAUACUGACCAGCUUUUCAUUUUACUAAAUCUCAACACUUUGUCUUCUGGUUGAAUGCACGUCUUCUCUGCUUUAUAACUAUAUGAAUGUUAAAGUGCAACUGCUGAUUUCAGACUUGCUCAAAUAAUUCACUUGUAUCUCU